AUGCCAGCGGACGACCUCAAGGCGCAUGCCGCCUCCAAUCAAGAUUUCUAUGCGCUGCUAGAUCUCUCCCCCGCAGCCAACGAGUCUGAGAUCCGGCGCGCCUACCGCCGCACCGCGCUGAAAUACCACCCCGACAAGAUCUCCAAUCCCACCGCUGCCGACAUCGACAAGUUCCACCUGCUUCAGAUCGCCAACGAUGUGCUCUCCGAUCCCGCGAUUCGGCAGCUUUACGACAAUGCGCGCGAGGCGCGUAUGCGCAAGCAGCGCGAGCGGGACCAGAUGGACGCUGCGAAGCGAAAGAUGCGCGAGGACCUUGAAGCGAGGGAGCGUGCUGGUGCGGCAGCUCAGCAGGGUGUCAAAAGGCCAUGGAUUCCCGGUGGCGAAGAAGACGCUGAGGCUAAGCUGCAGCGGGAGAUUGAGCGAAUCGCUGAGGACGGGCGCCGUCGCCGCCGCGAGGCGACGGAUAAGUUGAAGCGGGAGUUGGAGGAGGAACAGAGGAAGAUGCAGGAGGAAGAGGAGGAGGCACGCAAAGCGGCGGACCGAAGCAGUCAGCGUGUUGAUCGAUCUCGGGACGGCGGCACGAAUGUUUCUGAACUCGAGCGCUCGGUGAAGGUGCGCUGGGCGCGAGAGGGCCGUGGAGCGGACUGGGAUGCAGACUGGCUGAAGGCCUUGUGCGCACCAUUUGGAGAGAUCGAGGGCACUUUCGUGUUGAAGGAUAAACGCGCCCGCGUGGAGGGCAAGAAAGGAAAGGUCACCUAUGGCACUGGCGUCGUGGUUUUCAAGUCCAUUGUCAGUACACAGGCCGCGGUAUUGGACAGCGAGAAGAAGAUCCGGCAAGCGGAUGGUGACUGGGCUCUGGUUGAUUCAGUUGCCUAUGCGUCAGGUCAGGCACCGGAUCUUGGAUUCAGUACGAAUGGCGAUGCUGAGAAGCCAACGCCAUCAGUGGGCUCGGAGGGAUCCUCAUCCAAGCCCCCUGCCGAUACGACUGAUACAUCCACCAAGCCUUUCAGGCCUUCAUUCAACUUUCCCGGAAUCAAGCCCGGGUCCCACCCAUCUGGAAAGGCGCCUUCAUUUGGCUCAUUCCCUUCCGCUACCGGAAACCCUCCGAAGGCUUCGUCUUUCAAUCCUUCAGCAAAGACAUCAACUCCCAGUCUCCAAGAGAUUACUAUGAUGCGGCUCAAGAACGCCCAGCGUGAAAAGGAGCGCAAGGCUCUUGAAGAAGAGCUUGCCCGAGAAGAUGAGGCCGCUGAUGCUGCAGAAGCUGCAGCAAAGGCUAAUGGAGCGUGA